CGCGGCUGACUUCUACGGUGGUCGCUACGUAGCGCUACGCUACGAGCUACGGCUACGUAAUGUGGUGUUUGCUACUUUUGACUCUGUUCGUUACGGUCCAAGGACGCGCGGUCAACAUCAGCAAUACAUGGGUGCUGCCAGAGGAAGGGUUCCCGGUUUUCUACCGCUACUUCAGGGACCGCAUCUCAUGGUACGAGGCCGACGCCGUCUGUCAGUUCCAUCAUGCUAACCUAGUCACUGUGGAUACAACGGCGCAGUACGACGCCGUUCGAGCAUAUCUUAAGGAGUUGGACAUUUCCAGCGCUGUGUGGGUCGGUCUUAUACGCAGCAACCCUGAUGGGGACUUCACUUGGACGGACUACCGCGGGUUGAGCGGCGACGGGUACUGGAGCGCCGCCCCGGACGCCCGCUCAGCGCCUCUGUGCGCCGCCGCCGACCCCGCCGCUGACUACCGCUGGGAGGCGCGCGCUUGCGGCGGACCCUCUGUUGCCUCCUUCAUCUGUGAAUUACCAGUUCCACAAUGGGCACUCGGAAAUGAAGGCUGCAUGGUGAGAGCUUUACCAGCACUGACAGUGUUAUAUUUGCCUGAGAGCGCUGCUGUACAACUUACUACCGAUUGUGGCUUGGCUGGAGUAAAGAGAGUUCAAUGCACAGGAAACGUGAAAAGGGAUGAACUUCUCAGAGAAUUGUCUUGCACCGAUGAAGAUCAAACGACUACGUCACCAGUAGUAACAACACCACUAUUACCGUGGCAAACUGCAACAGAUACAACAUAUUCGGAACAAGACACGUCUAAUGAAGUUAAUACUGAGGAAAAUGUUACAACUGAACAUGAAGAUGAUGUCAAUCAGUCAACUUCUGUAAAACUAUUACUUCCUUCAAAUCAAAAUUCUCUUCAUACUACUACAGAAGUAGUACUGACACAAUCACCUUUAAUAAACAAGUUUUAUCAUGUUCCGUUAGAGAAAAAUAUCAACUUAGAUAUAGUUAAUAAUAAUUUACCCAAUGACGUUCCAAAGUUACCUAGCAACGACGAUGAGUUAAGUAACAUUCAAACAAAAAAGUUGGAAGAUGAAAAACAUAUGCAACAUAAAAAAUUGCAUGUUGAACUUGCACGUUUAGGAAAUUUAGAAAAAAUAUUCAGUCAACCCACUGAUCAUUUUGUGCCACCUUUGGUGAUGGCUAAAGCUAAAAUUAGUGAUGAUAUGACUGCAUUAUCAAUCGAGGAGAAAUUGGCUCAGCAGUUUUCUGAAGAUCAUUUCACAGAACACAACAAUAUGCAAAGGGAUUCCGAACAUAUUAAGAUAACCACUAGUACUGAAAUAUCAAAUAAAGAAAUAACGACCGAAAACGGAAUUAAUAAUUUAUCUUUUUCAACUAAAAUAAAUGAUGACCAAUAUAAUGGUCAUACAAAGUACAUUUUGCCGAAGAAAUAUACUAAACACGAUGAAACGAAAACUAAAAUCUUGAAAAAUAUUAAACUAUUUAAAAACUCAAAAUCACCUACAGAUCACAUACUAAAUCAUUUAAACUCUGAAGUAAUUGAUACGACUACUGAAAAAUUAUAUACACCUAAACCUCCUGCCAUAAAUAACAGCCAUCAAGAUGAAGAAGAUUCUUCUUUAGAGCUUACAGUAAUAAUAAAAGAACCCAGACUUCACAAUGAUGAUAAUGUAUCACAAGAAAAUUAUUCUCAAACCUUAUAUUACGAACGAAAUGGAAAUUUAUCUACAAAUAUAACUUUGAACAGCUUAUCACCUGCAGAAAGUUUAGUAGCAUCUCCAACCGCAGAACAUAAAGUUGUCAGAAAUGAUGAAGUCAUUAAAAUAGAAAUAAUUAAUAAUAACAAGAAGCACCCUAACUUAGACAUAUCCGUAUUUGAAGUAACAACUAAAGUUCCCACUUCUGAAAAUAAAAUCAAAGAGACUAGCAACAAUGAUUCAGAAAUUUUUCAAAAAGAUGAAGCUGUAAUUAAUAAUGUACCAGCAUUAUUAAAGAAAGUCACUCCAGAUACAUCUGUUAACGAUUUAAUAACUGCCUCUAUUCGAUCAACUGUUGACAAUACCACUGUAGAUUCCUCAACUCAUACAACAGGGGCUACUUUAAUAAAAGUUGUAGAAGAGUUCAAUACUGAAAUCGAUGAUAAUUCGACAGUUAACUACAGUGAAAAAAAUAACACUGAAGAGUCUAUAGUACUGUAUAACGCAUCAAUAAUAGAAGGUAACGAUGAAAUGAAUGAUACAAUUACUGGCAAUGUAGAAAAAAAUAUGACUCAAAGUACGCCAGAAAUUGAUGACUUUCAAUCACCAUUACUGUCCGCUGCUAACGAACCUAUACACAAACCUAACCGCUCUAGGCGACUACAACAGAACCGAGUUAACAAAUUUAAUCCAUUUCGUAUAUUAGGUUAAAUAAAUAAUUAACACAGUAGUCCUAUUUUCCAACUGCCAUGACAUUAUCUCUACUACAAAUAACAAUGACUGAACCAAACGAAAACAUCUGAUCAAAAUAGAAUUAGUGUGUAGGUAUUUUAUAUUGUGAUGGCACGGUGCACUUAGUUUAUUCUCAUAUUGUAUAGUUAAUCUAUUCUAGGACGUCCGUUUGACUUUGGAUGCCAGUUUAUACUGAAGGGUCUUUCAGUUUUAAUAUGAGAACGUUAGCUCAAGCGUUAUUCCUAUGUCCUGCGAGUUUUUACACCUACCCACUAAUAACAACUGAAAAUUUUGAAUUUUGAACGAUUCACUAACUUUGACGUAUGUUAGUAAUUCUUAAGUCACGUGAUUUUAUAUUCAAUAUUUAUUUCAUGAUAACUGAUCAAAAUUGAGUCUAAAGUUAAAAAAUGUCAUGCAGUGCCUACUGACAACCUUUCGUGGAUAUCAUAGGUACGAGUAUAUGAAAUGGCCCAGUUGACAGUGUUUUUUGUUAACAAUGGUCUUUACGGAAUACGGAAAAUGCAGUUCUUACUAUAUUGAUGUUAAUUAUAAUAUGUGGCUAACAUACCUUCGCCAAAAUUAGUGAAUCGACUGGCUGAACACUUUAUCACUACAUCUAGAGCCAAUCAGACUUCUGAAGCUAGACAAACUACACUAACAUUUUCAUAGAGUUUUAAACGUAGACAUUUAAUUAUCAUACGAGUAUUUUAUGUACGUUCUGCACCGCAUAGAAACACAAAUAAUUUGUUUAUGUAAAUCUGAUAACAUUAAUCAUCUUAAAUCUUAAUAUAUCUAUCUAUACAUUAUAAAUGAAGUAGUCAAUUCUUGAAUUUCAAAUAGCAUAGCUAUACAUAGUUAUUGUUACUCUAUAUUAAGCAUUGGGCAAGUUGAUGGCGGUUUACCGAGAGAAAAUAUCAUUUAAUAUUAUAUCGAUACGCACAUCUUUUUAAAAUCACAAUAUUGUCUUUCAAAAUGCCCUGUAAGUAAGAAUAAAAAUCCAUGAAUCAUAUCAUUUUAGUAUAAGUAUCUUAAAUGUUUUAUAUUUAGUUUUAAGGAAUAAAUCUAAAGGUUUUGCACAAAGGAAGCGCAAGCCAUAUAUGUCUAACCAUAUUAAUUACAGUUUCCUUUCCUUCCUCGGUCUCGCAAGUCGCUGAAUCCAUCACGGAAGACAAAUUAUUAAGACGAAGAUAAAUUCUCUGUGGUAAAAGGAUAUAUUGCGGGUUGAACGAUAUUCGGUUAAACAAAUGUUUAUUUAUCAUUCUAUUAUUGUCUUAGCAAUCUAGGAUGUAAGGAUUUUAUAAAUAAAGAUUUAGAAUUUUUUCUUGUCACUGUA